AUGUCAACGAGCACGAAAGAAUCUGAGCUCCGGAAGCGAAUAUUGAACCAACGGCUGCCCACCUCAGUCGAGAGAGUACGCUUCUUUCCGGAUUGCGACUUGAAACAGAUGCUUACUUAUGACGUGGUUGCCGAAGUGAUUGGGGAGUCGAACAUCCCUUUUCAUGAUCGAAGAGGUGUUAUUAAGGACAUCCUCGACGGCGCUCAGAAGAUAUUUUGCAUCCUGGUGUGCAUUCGACACGUAAAUUAUAUGCACUUACUUCUUCAGUCUGGGGUCGUGGACGCUAAACUCGCUUUAUCUAAGGAGGGUUUGGUAUCUUUUGGUCUUCCCAUUCCUGCAGUCGAGGAGUUUUGGCAUCAGCAAUGGGAUUUCAUAGCUCCUAUUUUCAAGAGUCGCAUCCAGAAACUGGACCCGUCUUGCAUCUUACCCUUUAAAGAGGAGCAAGACUUGGGGGAAGGUGGCUAUGGGGCAGUCUCGAAGGUGGUUCUCUACCGUUCUCAUCAAGACCUAGUGUCUAUUAGUGGCCCUGGAGAUACAGUGGUUGUUGCACGCAAGCGGAUCAAGCACGUUUCUGCGAAAACUGAGGCAUAUUUUGAAAGUGAGCGAGGGCCCCUUGAGCUUCUCAAAACUCGGGGUCACCCCCACAUCAUCAAGUUGCUCGGGUCAUACUAUCAAAACGAUGACUAUAACUUGUUCUUUCCGCUGGCCGAGGGAAGCCUUAAAGACCUUUUUGACGGAGGGCGACCGGGUUUCGAUGUGGAUACUGAAAGUUUUUAUUCAUCAAUCGUUGGCUUAUCCUCAGCGAUAAACCACAUACACAAUUUUACAUACGAGAUGGGCGGAAAGAACAUGAACUUCAAGGGUUACCACCACGAUCUUAAACCUGCUAACAUUCUUAUCCAACAGGGGAAAUUUGUCAUCGCCGACUUUGGACUCUCGAAGUUCAAGGCCGAUGCCAACACUUCCUCCACCAUUCACAAGACGGGCACGGAAGCAUAUCUACCUCCGGAGACGUGUUCCAUAGACCCGGAAACAAACUUUGAUGACCGAAUGGUUGGCCGAAGUGUCGAUAUCUGGGCCUUUGGUUGUAUCCUUGCCGAGAUAGCAACAUACUUACUCCGUGGGUCUGGUGGUGUUGGCGAAUUUAGCAGAAGAAGACUGACAAGGGUCUCUGCGAACAUGAAAGAUAACUCAUUUCAUGCUUAUAACGAAGUAAAAGAGGAAGUCAGGGAAUGGCUAAAAUCCCUAGAGAUCAUGGCAGAAAGAGAUCCUCAAAUCUCGCGCUUGAUACAGGUUGUUUGGAAGACACUCAUACCCGACCGCAAAAAACGGCCAACUGCACAGGCUGUCCUGGAGGAAGUCUCGGUACUCGAUCCAGAGACAGCUACAAAUAUGGAAUUGUUUGUCUCACAAGGAAGGACAGCACUACCACUAUCUCCGCCGAUAUCUCCAGCAGGCUCACCUCAAUCCCGGUCCCAAACGACAUCACCUGGCAGUGGGACAUUAAGUGAUCGCUGCGGUAUAGCCGUCCUGAGCGAGGGCACCCGCGACCUAGGAUUACGGAUAGAUGUGGUAGCCCUUCACGGACUUAAUGGAGACCUGUAUACUUGUUGGCAGGUAGGUGAUGGGCCUAUAUGGUUGAGGGAUUUCCUACCAUCAGACGGAAUGCAUCUUCCUCACAUUGUAUCCUAUGGCUACGAUUCUGAGCGCCUGUUCACCCACCUUUCCAAGGACAAUUUGGAGAAAGAAGCGCAUAACUUCCUACGUCAAAUUCAGAAGAGGAGAGAAAUCCAGGGGGCAUCUACUAGACCCAUAAUAUUCCUUGCGCAUAGUGUAGGCGGAUUUCCUUUGAAGCAGGCGAUUUUACUAGCAAAAGGAAGUGACGAAUACCGGGACCUUUUCAAAUCUAUAUGCGGUGUUACCUUCUUUGGAACUCCCCACCGAGAGCACGGGAUUUUCCAUAGCAUGGGAGCAUGUCUGCGUAAGAUUUCCAGAACAGCUUCGGUCUCAGAACAGAGUCGAGAACUUCUUAGGCAGAACAUGUGUGAUAAUGACCAGCUCCUUAAAGCAGUGAAUCACUCGUUCGAGACCAGGAUUUGCACGCCCGGGAGCAAUCUUCGGGUAGUCAACUUUUACGAAACUAAGCCAACACCGCCAGGAUUAGGGGUGGUUGUUGAUAAAGAUGCUGGCACUAUGGGACUAAAUGGCGUGGACGAGAAAAUCUACGGCCUCGAACUGAGUCACCCAGAUCUUUGCAGAUAUUCUUCUGAAACUGAGCCUUCAUACAAGGUGGCCUUACGCGGAGUCCGUCUCUUGACCAGGAUUUCUGCCGAUGAAUACGGCUCGAAGCAAGCAAAAGAGCUAGAGCAGGAGGUUCCAUAUAUUAACAAUUAUCAACAAUUCAGCCCAGAAAUACACGUCAACAACAUUUUACCUCAUCUACCAAUUAUCCCGUCUUUACAGCGGCCGUCAACGGGAUCACGACUGACACAAAAUUUCAACACGACACCACCACACCAGCCCACCACGACACCAAAAACCGCGCCCCGCACCCAAACCAAACCUCCCCCUCCACCUUUUCACACUCCGCUGAAAAAGAAACAACCCCCACCCCCACCGCAACCACAACCACAACCCCAGGCCCGAGCGCACACAGCCCCACCUCAACAGUCCCAAAAGAAAUCCCAAACCCAAAACAAGAACAGCAUAAACGCCAUCGAGAAGAGGCUAGCGAAUGUCGGCGGGAGGAAAAGCAACAUAGCAGCGGAAAUAGUCGCCCGCCAAAAAGAGCGCAAGGGCUUGAGACUGCGGCGCCAAGAGCGCGGCGAGCAGUGGUUCUCUGACGAAACCAGGAAACUGGAGAAACGCAUUACGGAGCUGGAAGCGCGUCGGACUGAGGCGCAUAAUGAGCAGGAAAGGCUCAAACUAGAGUUGAUUGGCGCGCGUACGGUGCACGGUCACCGGACUGCGUGA